AUGGGUAUUCCUAUAAGCGACGGAAAUACGCUAUACACACUGCAUUUUGCAGAUGACCAGGUCAUAUUUGCUCAGGACAAAGACGAUAUUGAGUUCAUGACCCGAAAGCUUAUGGAAGAAUACCACAAGUGGGGACUCACAGUGAAUAUGUCAAAAACCCAGUACAUGUGCGUUGGAGGAGAAAAUGAAGAUCUGAUGUUGGAGGGAGGAUUGAAGAUCAAAUCCUGCGAAGACUACGUAUACUUUGGAACUGUAAUAAGCCAAAAUGGAAGGACUGAUAAGGAAAUUCAACAAAGAAUAAAUAAAGGUAGGAAAAUAAUCGGAGCAUUAAAUUCAAUACUAUGGUCAAAAGAAAUCUCUAAACAACAUAAACGAGAUAUUUACAACGUUACCCUAAGGAGUGUUGUGUUGUACGGUUGCGAGGCCUGGCAGUUGAGUGUGUUACAACAGAAUCGUCUUCUGGCCUUAGAAAUGGAUUUCUGGAGAAGGUCAGCUGGAGUCUCUAGAAUACAGAGAAUACGCAAUGAACGUAUAAGAGAGAUUAUGGAUGCCGAAACAACAAUAAUAGAUGACAUCAAAAAGGCACAACUUACUUGGUAUGGACAUGUGCAGAGGAUGCAGGACGAACGUAUUCCCAAACAAAUAUUGAACUGGAUACCCCCUGAACGACUAAAAAGAGGAAGACCAAAAACAACUUGGAUACAGGGAAUACAAAAGGCCAUGUCAGAAAGAAAUUUGGCACCAGGAGACUGGUUGGACAGAGGCCGAUGGAAACUAGGAACCGGAAGGCGGUUAACGCUAUGA